AUGCUUUGCAUCACGAAUGUUCAGAACUGUGAAAUUAUUUGGAAGAAGAAUGACGUCUUUGAAAAUCAACUUUCUUUGCUCACACAAAAUCCAGUGUUCACCAAUAGCGUGUUCUCUCGGCACAAACUUCCAGAAAAUGUGUUGGAACUUCCGCCAACCACUUAUCCCAAUCCGCUCUUUCGGCUCAACAAAUCACAGCUCUUGGAACUAAAGCUAAAAGAGAUCAAACAUCUUGUGAAGAUUCCACCGAGGUCUAUGAGUGAAACUGAUCAGUUCUACAAGAAUAUAAUCGACAUUUUCCACGAAUACUUAAUCAAGGACACCAAGUUGGCCGUGUUCUAUCUUGACCUCAUCACUGAGCCCCUGGUGCGAGAAGCGGUUUUUGAAUAUUUGCGCAAAUUCUAUGAAAAGGAGUUGCUUCGACUGUCAAUUCUUGCAUUUAUUGAAGACCCAUUGUCUCCAGCCUGUCGAAGAGCGGUCAAGUUCAAUAUCUACAAAAUUCUAGACGACUCCAGGGAGGACCCGCAAGCUGCUGCAAACAUUGCCCUCAACUAUAUCAGCAAAUUGGCCCUCACGGGUCGUGUUAACCAGUGGACAAUUUUUUUGGCAGAGGAAUACCUGCUUUUGCUUUACAAGAACUUACCGAAGGAGCAAUGGACGCAAUUGUUCGCUGCGUUGGUUCAAACAAACAUCAAGCUCAACAAUAUUCAGCACUACAAUGUGAUUAAAGAUCUGCUCCUUGCUGGAUCUGGGCUAGACAAGUUCGUGGCCCGUACGGGCAUGCUUUGUGCCAAGUGGCAUCACACUGAGGAGCCUUAUUUGUCCGACACUCAAAAACAAAAAAUGACACUAUACUUUCUGCUAAAUGAGCUUGCCAGGUUUACACAAGACAUGAUUCGACAGAAAGAUGUGACCACCCUGAAUAUGUACCUUGAACUUCUAGUCACGAAAUUCGAGGCCUUAAACGACCCUAAUCAUCUACAGCUUGUUCUUAGCAUCAUGCUUUCACAUUCCAUGGCGUUCAAGGGUCCACAGGAGUGCCUUCAAUUUUUGCGCUACAUCGUGGAUGCUAACCUUCAGGUUGUACCCAAGACUUUGUUGCGCGUACUCACCGCAUUGCGCUUGGAUCAGUUUUAUGAUGAGGCACUUCUUCUCGUGAAUUAUCUUCAUAAAGAGAAGCUUUGCCCAACUGAGCGUUCGAACUUGGUGUCUGAGAUCAUCAAAAUUAUUACGGGUAAAUUUAGCCGCCAUCCGAAAAUUGCGCUUGGGUACUUUUCUUCGCUUUUCAACGACGCAAAUAAUAACGCACUUCGAACUCUCAAAGACUUGCUUUUGUUGGACCUCGUGUAUGGUCCAGGGCUGGUAAACAGCCUGUUCGCGGUUGUUGAGCAGGCCGAGAUCCACGAGGGAUUGAAAAACUCGAAAAUGACCCACGCGAUUUUGCGUGAAUUGUAUGUGGUAACACUUCGAAGUUUGCCGCUUGAGCAGAGGACCAGCCCCGUUCUUAUAAGCAAAUUGUACGAGGAAUACAAAAAGAAGAUUGACGAGGCAAAAGAGACCGACGAUGAACUGAGCCCUUUCAGUCAGGACCAACUUGACGAAAAGAUAUUGACUUUGUUUCUCGAUCUUCUUGUGCGCAAGGACGCAGAAGCAAGGGACAACUUCGACCUAGUGUACGACCCUUUCAAGUUUGCCACUGCCAAGUUGAUUUUCAACAACUUUUUUGAAGCACAGCCCGCGCGGAACACCAUCAAAAGCACUUACAUUUUUGAUUUGAUGAUUAGCUCUGGUUUACUCAAACAUCACGAUUUGAGGUUCUCUCUCAGUGCAUUCAAAAAGGCCAGAGAUCUAGGUCUACCCAUUACUUUCAAUCAAGUGAAUCCCCUCAUCAUUCACCAUUACUUGAAGGGUGAAAUGGACAAGGCUCAGCAGUGGUUCAUGCUACUUAUUCAAAGCGGUGCCAAGGCAAAGUCUGUAGCGGCGGAUCGUUUGUUUGACAUUGCUAAAGAGCAGAAAUGGACUUAUACUGGAACACGAUACAGAAAUGCCGUGAGAGUCAAGCUGAGAGCUGCACGUCGCGAAUUUGCAAAGUUGAGCACUAACCCCACCGCCGGCCUCAACAUUGGCUCGGACGUUGCUGUCUCCAGUGCAUCAGACAUUACCAUGGGCGAGGAGCUAGAGAUAAUUCUCCACCAAAUUGCUGCAAAAAACGCGGACGAAAACCCAAGAAAAUAA